AUGGGAGCUCACGAGUCCCUGCGCUUUCGCCUUUUGGAGUCGAUCCGCCACUUCUCCCGGGCCAAAAACCUCACCCCUCGGCAGGCUAUCUUCGCUCUCGCUCUCCUUAUCGUAAUAUGGACCGUUUUUCUAUGGUCUUCACUUCCAUACUAUCCUCCAGCAUCGGCCUUACGCUUAGGUCGGCUUCAGCAUUAUGGAACCGAUGGAGUACCUGAAGUUCGAGCCUUGACUGCCAAUUCUAGAGUCGCCUUCGCCACAUUCCUCGCUGAGAAUACGAAACGUACCGGUGAUACCGAAAAGGAUAAUGAUGAUAUGUACUUUGUUGCCACCCGAGUCCUAGCCUACCAGCUCCUUCACGACCCUGAGACUCGUACGAACAAUUCGAUACCCUUCAUCGUCCUGGUCACAUCUGCCGUCUCAGAGUCCAAAAGAAGGACAUUGGAAAGUGAUGGAGCAACAGUCAUAUUUGCCGAAGACGUCCCCUUACCAUUCUGGGUGAAAACCGGGGUGACAAGGUGGAAGGAUCAAUUCACAAAGCUACGACUCUUCGAACUGGUCGAAUACGAGAGAAUCGUCUUCAUCGAUGCUGACACACUGCUCACCCGUAACAUGGACGGCAUCUUUGAGGAUCCUGCCGUCAAGUUCCCCUCCGAGACUCUGCUAGAAUCCAAGAGGGGAGAACUCAAGUCGGAUGAGGCAGUAUUGCCGGAAAAGUAUGUCUUUUCCGCACGCCCAGAUAAUGCCCUAAACGGAGAAAGAGACCAUCCUUUCCCUCCCGUGGAAGGAGAUAUCUUCUCAGCCGGGUUCUGGGUCGCGGCGCCAAGCUUCGAGCUGUUUGACUACUAUUACAGCGUCAUGAAUCGAUGGAGACGGUUUAACCCACAUACUAUGGAACAAAGCCUGUUAAACUAUGCUCACAGGCUCAGUGGCACAAUGCCAUGGGGGAGGCUGGACUACAAAUGGAGUGCGACAUGGCCAAACCACGCCGACCUCAAGGGAGGUGUUGCCAGCCUGCAUGAGAAGUUCUGGUCCGCUGGGGAAGAGGAUAUGAGGAGGCUGUGGUAUGAUAUGAGGACCAAAAUGGAAAGGUACUGGAGUAAUCAAGGCUAG